AUGACCCCAAGCCAGAAACCUACAAUUCUCCAUAUUGGAGACCCGAUCAAAUACAACCAUGAUCUAUACAAGGCCCUGGAACAGAAAUUUAACAUCAUACGUCCAUCGGAGGAAGAACGCCAACGAGGUCCAUUUCUAGAAGCCCUCCGCCAAAAGAAAUGGGGUGACUUCCAAGCUGUCAUGCGGCCUUUCUGGAUCACAGGCGGAGAAAUGGGUCGUUGGGACAAAGAGUUAAUUCCCCUCCUGCCAGAGUCCGUCAAGGUGUAUGCCUCAGCCGGAGCUGGCUAUGACUGGGCUGAUGUCGACGUUUUGGCUGAAGCAGGUAUCGUGUACUGCAAUGGCGCAGCUGCAUCCUCAGAGGCGGUGGCUGACAUGGCGCUCUAUCAUAUCAUCUCUGUAUUUCGAAAUAUGCAGUGGAGUAAUAUGGCCGCGAGGGGUAGUGAAGAGGACUUUCGAGAUGCGCAUGCUCAUACACAGCUUACAGCUUAUAACCCCCGAGGGCAUACUCUAGGAAUGGUCGGUCUAGGAAACAUUGGCUAUCAAAUCGCUCUCAAGACCUGCAAAGCCCUCGGCAUGCGGAUUGUAUAUCAUGACCCGUUCCGCAAGACCCCCGAGCAAGAAGCCGCUAUUGAGGCGACAUACUACCCCAAGCUCGACGACAUGCUAGCCAUCGCAGACUGUAUUCUCAUCGCUGCUCCGGGAGCAGGAGGCAAGAAAGUCAUCAGUCGACCAGAACUUUCCAAGAUGAAAAAAGGGUCGCGGCUGGUGAAUAUCGCACGAGGGAGUUUGGUAGAUGAAGAAGCUGUGGCAGACGCUAUGGACUCUGGGCAUUUAUUUGCAGUUGGACUUGAUGUGUUUGAGGAUGAGCCGAGACCUAACCCUAGGUUGCAGAAGAUGCGGAAUGCGUCUUUGACAUGCCAUACAGCUGGGGGUGCGCUUGAGACUUCGAUUGGUUUCGAGAGGCUGGCCAUGGAGAAUGUUAUGGCUGUGCUAGAGGGCAAGGAACCUAUUACAUCUGUUAAUAGGCACUUGUUCAAGUAG